CGUGUGCGGCAAAGAUGUCCGCUACUGUACCUCGCUGACUGACGUCCAUUGCCACAAUCUCUGGAAAAGCUCCCACGCUCUGCCCCCCAACUAACCGUGCAACCUGCUGAUUUUCGUAGACUAUGGGUCUGCGGGAUACCAUUCGAAAUCUUCGGCCGGAUAGUCCCGGGCGGAAAAACUGCAGCAUAGAGCUGCAGCACCGCAGUCCGAGGAGCGGCUGCCAUCACAACCAGGUGGCCGCCGUCCAGGUCACCGAGCAGUCGCUACAGGUAUGGCGCGCACUGCCCGCCGAAAUCCGCCAUGAUCCCAGCAUGGCCAGUUUUCAGAUGGAAAACGAUCGCAUCCAUGGUUCCUCGGCGGGAGCCAGUGACGAUGAGGAUGAGGAUGGCUAUGAUGAGGAUGAUGAUGAGAACAGGAAGAACGCUAGUCGGCUGCAGGACGAGCCUGGCUCCAGUUACGCUGGCUCCGACUUCCUGGACAUCAAGAACAGGCCGGGUGAUGAGAAUGCCACCGAUGACGAGGGCACCACCCACUCCGACCACGACCACGAAGCGGCCAAUGGCCCUGGCAAUGCCAAGUCCCAGGCCCGCCGCAUCCAUCACAAGUCCAAGCGCUCCAAGGACCAGCUACAGCGGGACAAACUGUGGAAACGGGGUGGACUGCUCCUCUUCUGGCUGCUGGCCGCCGUGGUCCUGAUCUCGGUGGGUGAGAAGCAUCUGCUGGAGAAGACCAUUGAUGUGCCGCAGGGCGAACAGGGAAAAUUUUUUAAGUUGCUGCAAAAACCCACCGGAGAUUUUCGUUUGAAAAUCCAUGGCGCCUUCAGAGAGCUCUCCACGCUGGAUGCCCCUGAAAAUGAGACUUUGAGCUUUAGAUUUCUGACUGUGCAGCCGCAGGUGUCCAAUUACAUUGGCGAGAAUCGCAGCAAGGUGUUUCAGGACAUCCUUCCAGCUUGGCGUCUACCUUUGCUUUCUGAGGAGGAACUGGUACGUUCUCCGGCAGUGGCCAGUAAUAAGACCUAUCAAAUGACCCAGGAACUGAACGACAUCCUGGCCGAAAAGGAAAGCGAGUUCCGUUUGCAUAUCCACAGCGAUGUGGAGACCGAUUUGGCCAUCAUUCUGAACUACAAUCCCUUGAUAGUGAAUGCCAGGACAGGCAGCAUUCUGGCUGGCCUGAUCCUGUUGAUCUUCUAUGCCCUGCUGGUGUGGGAACUGUUUGAAAGGACCUUUGUGGCCAUGAUCUGCUCGAUCCUUUCGGUGACAGCUCUGGCCUGCUUUAAUGAUCGCCCCAAUAUGGAUGAGAUUAUCCAAUGGAUGGACAUGGAGCUACUGACUCUAAUCUUUUGCAUGAUGCUGCUCAUUCUGAUACUGACAGAAACUGGUGUUUUCGACUACUUGGCCGUCUUUUGUUUCGAGAUCUCGGGUGGCAAGAUUUGGCCCAUGAUAUAUAGUCUCUGUUUGGUCACCUGUCUGGUGUCCAGUGUGCUGGACAAUAUGACCACUGUGCUGCUCCUGACCCCAGUGGCAAUUCGAUUGUGCGAGGUGAUGCAGUUGGAUCCACUGCCCGCCGUGAUGGGCAUAAUAGUGCAUGCCAAUAUCGGAGGAGCUUUAACACCCAUCGGCGAUCCCAUCAGCAUUAUAGUCAGCACCAAUCACUUUAUUGUGGAUAAUGACGUUACCUUCCCCACCUUUGUGGCCCACACAUUCCCAGGUGUCCUGCUGGCCGUCGUCCAAAGUUGUCUCUAUCUGCGCAUUUUCUAUCGCAACAUCGAUGCACUACGUCUCAAUGAGCCCAAGGAGAUGAGUGAACUGAGGAGGGAGAUGAAGGUGUGGCAGAGGGCCCUUAACGCUGUGGGCUCCUGUUCCAAGGAUGCGCAACUGGUGAGGGGAACCCUUCUGGGCAAAGUUAAGCAGCUAAAGAGGACCCUGAGAAGAUUGCAAAAGGGUGUGGGAUCCUCGGAGGUAUAUACCAACACACUGGAUGAACUGAAGCAGAAGUACCCCAUCAAAAACAAGACAUUGCUUUUACAAUCCGCUGGAGCCCUGAUAUUCGUAAUAGUCUGCUUCUUCAUUCAAUCCGUGCCCCAUUGGAGGACCCUGCCCCUUGGAUGGGUGGCCCUGCUGGGCGUGAUCCUGCUCCUGAUCAUCCUGAAUCGCGAUGACAUGGAGCACCUCAUGCACCGCAUCGAAUGGACCACCCUCCUCUUCUUUGCGGCCAUGUUCGUGAUGAUGGAGUGCGUGGAGCGGCUGGGCAUCUUCUCCUGCAUCGGUGAGCUCACCGAACAUGUGAUUCUUUCGGUUGGGAAGAACCAUCGUCUGGCUAUGGCCAUUUUCAUGAUAUUGUGGAUGUCGGCACUGGCAUCCUCCAUUUUGGACAGUAUUCCAGUGGCCGCCAUGAUGGUGAAGUUGGUGACCUCACUGGUGGCCAAACCAUCGCUGGGAUUGCCCCUGCAGCCACUCGUUUGGGCUCUGACCUUGGGCGCUUCGAUGGGCGGCAAUGGGACGCUGUACGGAGCCUCAGCCAAUGUCAUUGCAGCCGGAAUCGCCGAGCAACAUGGCUAUAAGCUCUCAUUCACCCGGUAUUUGAGAACCGUUUUUCCCAUGAUGCUGGGACAGAUCACCCUGAUGACUGUCUAUCUACUCGUGGCCCACGUCGUCUUCGAAUGGCAUUGAUUCUCCCUCCGUAAUAUAUCUCCUAGUCCAGUCCCUAUUUUAUAAUAUCUAAUUAUAGUUAAUGGAAAAUGUUUUUUCAAUUAAAAUCUAACGUUGUUUUGUGUGAGUUGUCCUUUUAUAUUCGCCUCUUGAUGUUUUUAAUCUGUUUUGAAACAUGUAUAGCAAAAAUAUCUAUAUCUAAGCGUUUGUUUAUUAUUGGCAAAUGUAUAAAAAUAUACAAAAAAUAUGGAAGUCCA